AUGUUGAAGACGUCCCCCAUUCUCUCUCCCUCCGCCAACGCCUCGCCCUCCGGCUUCCACAAUGCGCCGUCGCGAUCCUCGCAGGAGUCUGCUUCGUCCCACCCGUCGCAGCUCCCAGCCGUGAGCCCCAGGCCCGCCUAUCUGCGCCGUCGAUUGUCGACAGAGUCCGAAGCCGUCUCCGUGUCGGCAUCCUCGUCAGCGCUGUCGCCAGGCCGCUCACGCCGUACCGGGGCCUCGACCAGCGAUAUCCGGUCCCCUGCCCGCGCCUUUUCCUCCUCCUCUGCCUCUCCGCUGGCAGCUCCCACGACCACAACCACCAAGACGACGGUGACGACAUCUACGAACAUGGGCAUCGACGACUCUGAGAGCCCGAGCCGAACCUCGCCCGCCCAAGCCCGGCUGUACAACGCUCUGUCGCCUAACAAGCGUCGACUUGCCGCCACCGCUGAAGCUUCUUCUGUAGAUGAAUCUUUAACGCCUGCUGCCGCUGCUUCGAGUUCCGAUGCGGCUCAGGCUCAGGCUCAGGCUCAGCGGUCCGCCUCUCCUCAAGCACCGAAACGAGCCAGGCCCGAGGAACAGCCUCCCCGUGUUUUGCCCAACAAAUAUGAGUUUUGCCCGGUCGAACACAUGGUCGAGCUGAUUGCACAUAUGCUGGGAGAGUUGAUUGCCACCAAUGACGCAAUUCGCAUUUCAAGCGGUGGCCUAACACGGUUUCACUCGAGAACUCCCCCUGGCAUCUCGGUCAGAGACUAUCUCCAUCGGCUGGCUAGACAUGCCACGCUCACGCCACCGCUUCUUUUGGCCAUGGUCUACUACAUUGACCGACUCUGCGCUCUUUACCCGGAAUUCACCAUCAACACCCUCACCGUUCACCGCUUCCUAAUAACUGCAGCCACCGUUGCUGCAAAGGGCCUUUCUGACUCUUUUUGGAACAAUACCACCUACGCGCGAGUGGGCGGUGUGCGUGUGGCUGAACUGCGAUUGCUCGAGCUCGAGUUCCUCUACCGGGUGGAUUGGAGAAUCGUGCCGAAUCCAGAAAUCUUAGUGGCUUACUAUCAGGGACUCGUCCAGAGGGCUCCGGGAUAUGAACUGGAGUCUGAUGGGUUGAGCGAUGAUGACGACGACGACGAACUUGACGACGAUGACAACGAAGAAGAUGCUGCGCAGCAGUAAGAGCGCCAAAGGGGAUUGACGAACAUACAUUCUGAAACCUCCCUCUAGUCGGGAUGGGCCAACGUCGAGAAGCGGCUUAUAUCAAUGAUACCCCACCUUUUUCACCAUUGCACCUUAAUUUUUUUUGUGUUCACUUACUUUAUUCUCUUUCUCUUUUUCUCUCGCCAGCCGCAUCUCAUUGGCCUUUUUUGCUGCUUCACGACAUGCAUCUCUGGUCACACAACUCAUAUCUCCUUGCAUAAACUUGUGGAGUCAAAGUUACUAGGAAGGAAAAGGGCUUUUUUUUGCACUCUGUUUUUGUUUUCCACUUUGUUAACAUACAUAUACACGCGUAACUCGGAUUCGUUAUUCAGAGCAUGGUUGGUGGGAGGGGGGGACCACGGCGGAGGAAGGGCAUUGGCGUUUUAUGGGUGUUGUAAAUGGAGCAUUUUUUGUUACUCUUGCAUGUUGGAUAUGGGACGAGAUUUUGGUAGAAUUCGAGGUGGAGAUAAUGCAUGCGUAUGUAUAUAUGAAUUGAAUAUUAAUUUCA